AUUUUAUUUACAUACAUGUUAUGUACCCGUCGACAUCUCUCUUUGUACCGCUAUGGAGAGAGAAACAUUGCUUGUGAAAGGGGAGUUUCCGACGUAUCCCUGAACGCGUCCUCGAGGGGGAGUUUCAGCGUGUUUCCGGUGUUCGAUAGAAGCGCCUCGUGGGAGGCUUCGGUUCCGCUAAACUUCUUCGCCACGUUGCUUCGCCGCCCUCCUCAACCACCCGUGUCACCGGGAGGCGGCCCGGUAUCCGGAGAGCGUCUCCAGUCCCGUUUGGAUCCUCGGAUCUUCUCCAGGUCCUUCAUGGAGGGCGUGGACGAGUACAUUUGGCGGCAGCGGAUCCAUCACGGCGUUCGUUACCAGAAGAGCGCCAUCCCGUUCCCGGAGUCGGUGGAAACGGGCCUGGAGUUCAACGUGGCAUUGGAGAGGCGGGAGAAGCUGGACCCGAGCCUGCUGACCAACGGCGUGAUGCUGGAAUUGUGCGAGUUUGCCAGAACCGUAACCAAGUCCGAGACGUACUUCCUGUUCGAGAUGCUGGAGUUCAACUUCGACCUCGGCGUGGACGUGCACGGCGAGCAUCAGCGCUACGACUACAGCAGGCGAACGCACGGCAAGAUCAAGCAGCUGAGGGAGCAGAUCAAGCUGAAGCCUCGGCGGAGGAAAGACGCCUUCGUCUUCCCGGACCCCGGCGCCAUGUGGGGCUCCGCCGGGCGCCAGCAGCCGGGGCGCUACUACCCCAAGAGGAGCACGCUGGCCGACAGCUCCGUCCUCUCCAAGAGCGGCCGGGGCGCGGAGGGCACCGGGCCGGCGUGCGUCGCGAGGGGAAGGGGAGGAGCCUCGGGGGUGCUCGCCGCCGACGCCUACCCCUUCUGCAAGGAGCUGGGCGUGACCCUGCUGGUGCCGCCGGGCGACGCCCGCCGAGAGAAGCUGAGGCCGGAGCUGGUGACCAACGGGGUGGUGCUGGAGCUGCUGGACUUCUCCAGGAAGCUCUGUGGGCUGCACACGGACAUCGUCUGCGACCUGGUGCUGCACAACUUCGGCCAGCAGCUGGACAAGGGAACCUUCCGCCUGCAGCUGAGCAGGACGAAGAGCGCCUGGCUGGGCGCCAAGGACAAGGACGCCUUCCGGAAGGAGGCCUUCGCCGUCCACGCCCACAGACGGCCGUCCUCGAAGCGCAGAAAGAGGAGCGAGCCUGAAGGACCAGAGACGGCCAGUAAGAGGAAGGCGACGGACGGCGAAGACUGCGACAAGGGCGGCGACCUCUCCUACAUGUGUCCUGUUGAGUGUGAGGUGGACACGCAGUCCGAUUCGCAGUCCGGACCGGAAGACGCAAAGGUCGAAAGGUGUUUGUCUGAGACGAAAGACGUGGAGCGGGAUAAGGAGGGAGUGGCCGCCGUCCUCUGCUCGUCUCGCCCGCGCCCGAAGGUUCCGAGGCGCCUCUCGGAUCUCUUUUCCGAGGACGCCAGCGAGGACGCCAGCGGGGACGCCAGCGAGGACGCCAGCGGGGACGCCAGCGGGGACGCCAGCGGGGACGCCAGCGGGGACUCGAUGAAGCGGAAGCUGUGGACGAGGCGGGCCGCUCGCUCCAAACAGAUCCUGAAGUGCCGGCGAGUGAACGACCCGUUCCCGUGCUGCCGGCAGGGAGGCCUGGACUUCAACGUGGCGUCGGGCCGCCGGCGGGACCUGGACCCGCAGCUGCUCACCAACGGCGUGCUGCUGGAGCUUCAUAAGUUUGCGACUGCGAUGACCAAGAGUUUGGGCGGCUUCUUGUUUGAGAUCUUGGACAAAAACUUCAUCCUCAUCUUCCAAAACGAGUUGCAUCAGCGCAACUUCAUAUUUUACAUGAUCACGAAAGAGCGGCUCCUCCAGAACCACCCCGACCGACGCAAGGCCCAGUUCCUCCAGAGCCCCUUCAGCUUCCCGGAGGUCUACAACGUGCCCGACGUGCCCGACGUGCCCGCUGAUACUCAGGCCGGGCAGGGGGUCGAGCCGCCGGCCCCGGACCCCAACAGGGAGCCGCAUCCCUUCUGCGAGCAGCUGGGCCUGGACCUGUGGUCCACUGAAGAGCGCCCGGCGAGCCAGAAGCUGGACCUGGCGGCCCUCACCACCGGCGCCGUGCUGGAGGCGUUUGCCUUCGUCAGGGAGCUGUGCGGCUCCGCCCGCCACACGGUCAGCGACCUCCUGGAGCACAACUUCCCGCUGGACUUGCAGGGCGGCGCCACGGGGGCCUCGCGGGCCCUCCAGGGGUGGUACGCCGAGCAGAGGGCCGUGAUGAAGAGGCCGACCGCGUCGCAGAAGCUCGCCCGGUGGUUGGAGGCGACCGUCCAGCUGAGCGGCCCCCCGCCGCUCGGGGCCGAGGACCCCCCGUCGGACCCGGAGGUCCCGAACGUGAAGGAGGAGAAGGUGGAGGAGGAGGAGGAGGAGCAGGAGGCGGAGCCGCUCCACUGCUAUCCGGUCUGCCAGCAGAUUGGACUGGACCUCGACGUCGGCGCCAAACCAGAUGGCGAGGCCAAGCUGGACCCGCGGGCGCUGACGAGGGGGGCGCUCCUGGAGAUGCACCGCUACGUGCAGCGCCACUGCAACCGCUACGUCCCGGCGCUCUACGAGAUCCUGGAGCGCAACCUGGACCUGAGCUCCCAGAGGCACCGCAGGGUGGAGUUCGCCUGGGCCGUGGCCUCGCAGGUCGUCGCCAUAGCGGCCAAGAGCGGCCGAGCGGGAGCUUACCUGAGCGGCGCCGUGGAGCUGCCCUUCGAGGACGCCGAGCCGCCCGCGCUCGCAUGCAAAGACGAGCCGUGGGAGGAGCCCGCGGAGCUGGACCGCGGGGACGACGUGGUGUUCGUCCAGGAGCUGAAGGCCGUGGACAUCGAGGUGGUGAUAGAAUGAACGAGACGACAGAAGGAUGUUGUCACGGAAACAAUCGGUCAUCAAACCGCUGCUGAUCAACGCCGUUAAACGUAAGAACGUGAAGCCAGUGAACAGGAAGUGACCUCAUAUGUCCACGAAGACGUCUUCUUGGACGCACAACGUGUGUAAUUAUGUUCUGUUAUUAAAGUCUCCUUCGACCUUCAUUAGAACCGUUAAACAUUUGUUCUGAUCGUUGAUAUUUUCUUUACAAAAUGCAAUAGAAAUGUAUGAAAUAUUCAACGUAAAGAAUAUUCAUAUUUAAAUCCAAACCACUAGAUGAUGUGAGUAGUUCCUUAUGGUGCCACUAGGUGGAGCUACAGCCUCAUGGCGCUGAUCAAUCGAAGUCUAUUGAUUCAUGGAUCCGUCCAAUAAAGAAUAUAUUUAAAAUAGUCA